GAUUUCUCACCCCAAACCAGAAUGCACAAACCGAAUCCAAAUACACAGAGGAGUUUUCCUCACCUCACACACGCCAUUUCACUGUGACUGUAUCUCAAACUUGGAGCUUAACGGUCAUUUCAUGGCAAUUAAUCCGCAGAGCUUUCUACGGUUUCUCCCUCUCACCAACAAAAUCACCAGGUACCGCUUGCCUCACCUUCUUCGUUCUUCAAUUCCAUUUUCAACCCGAGACCCUCCUCAAUUUGCCACUUCUCAUGAUAAUAUCAAGCUUCAAUCUAAUCUCGACGAGGAUUACGUCCUUAAUGAGCUCUCUAAUCUGUUACCAAUCUCUCCUAAACCACCGAUUCCUCACCCAUACAACCAUGAUCGUUCGAUCAGUAAUAAGGAAGUCGAAAUCAGACCCGUUUUUGAUCGAUUUUUAUCCCCUGAAGAGAAAUUAAGAGGAGUUUUUUUUCAAAAAAUCAAGGGUAAAUCUGGAAUUGAACGUGCUCUAACAGAAUGUAGUGUGGAUUUGAGUCUUGAUGUUGUUGCUAAAGUGCUUAAUAGAGGGAAUUUAGGCGGGGAAGCUAUGAUUAUGUUUUUUAAUUGGGCAAUUAAGCAGCCUAUGAUAAGUAAGGAUGUUGACAGUUACAAUGUAGUCAUUAGAGCACUAGGUAGAAGAAAAUUUAUUGAUUUUAUGGUGAAAUUUUUGCAUGAGUUGAGGGUAGAAGGUGUGAGCAUGAAUUCGGAGACGUUGUUGAUUGUAAUUGAUAGUCUAGUUAGGGCCCGUCGAGUUUAUAAAGCAAUUCAAAUGUUUGGGAACUUAGAAGAAGAGUUUGGGUUCGAGCGUGAUGCGGAGUCAUUGAAUGUGCUUUUGCAAUGUUUGUGUAGGAGGUCUCAUGUAGGUGCUGCGAAUUCGUACUUCAAUUCGGUGAAGGGGAAAAUACCAUUUAAUUGUAUGACGUAUAAUGUAAUCAUUGGUGGGUGGUCGAAGUUUGGUAGAGUUAAUGAAAUGCAGAGGGUUUUUGAGGAAAUGGAAGAAGAUGGUUUUAGUCCUGAUUGUUUGAGUUUUAGUUACCUUCUUGAGGGGUUAGGAAGAGCUGGUAGGAUUGAAGAUGCUGUUAUGAUAUUUGGUAGUAUGGAGGAGAAAGGUUGUGUACCAGAUACUAAUGUUUACAAUGCCAUGAUUUCUAAUUUCAUUUCAGUUGGGAAUUUUGAUGAGUGCAUGAAGUAUUAUAGGUGUUUAUUGUGUAAGAAUUGUGAUCCCAAUAUUGAUACUUAUACAAGAAUGAUCUCUGGUUUGAUCAAAGCUAGUAAAGUGGCUGAUGCUCUUGAAAUGUUUGAUGAGAUGUUGGAUCGAGGGAUGGUUACUAAAACAGGGACAGUAACUUCUUUUAUUGAACCUCUCUGUAGCUUCGGCCCACCCCAUGCUGCAAUGUUGAUCUACACAAAGGCAAGAAAAGUUGGCUGUAAAAUAUCACCGAGUGCUUAUAAGCUAUUGCUGAUGCGGCUUUCUAGAUUUGGUAAAUGUGGAAUGAUGUUAAAAAUAUGGGAUGAGAUGCAAGAAAGCGGUCAUUCUUCCGACAUGGAAGUUUAUGAAUACCUCAUCAGUGGACUUUGCAACAUAGGACAGUUUGAAAAUGCUGUCCUUGUCAUGGAGGAGUCUCUGCGCAAGGGCUUUUGCCCAAGCAGGUUCAUCUGUAGCAAACUAAAUAACAAACUGCUUGCUUCAAAUAAAGUUGAGAGAGCUUACAGGCUAUUUUUGAAGAUCAAACAUGCUCGUCACAGUGAAAAUGCGAGGAGAUGUUGGCGUUCUAAUGGCUGGCACUUUUGAACAGGCAUCUUCUGUAUUGACAAGUAUAUUGUGUCUUUCCUUCUCUGUUUCCCCUGCAGCAUGUACUUGUUUUUCCCUGGAGAUUGUCACAAUCAUUAUAUUGUGCAAUAUUUCUUAUGGUCACUUGCAAUGAACAACUGAUAGAAUCCAAAAGUUCUUCUAAAUAGUUACAUCACUAAUCUUCUGUUACUCAGUCAUGGGCGUUAGAAGUGAAGAAUUGUUUUUUUCAUUGAGAAUUUGUUUUAGUGACAUCCUUCCUGUCUAUAUUUAAGGUUUCGGUUUAUUGAGUGCAGGCGGCAGUUUUCAGCGGGAAAUUUUUAGAUGCUUGUGGAUUACAGAGAUAAACUGUGAAGUUCACAAUGGUGAAAAGCCAACUUCUCGUGACUCUGAACUGCUGCAUAAGAAACUUGACCUCAUCAAUUUACGAGCUAUCCUUAUUUACUUCCUUGUUGCCCAGAAGUUGUCACUAUGGGGGACCAGGUACUCAGGUUAAUGGGAGGACUUCAGUUGAUCCUCCCACCAGAGGUGUUUGAUAGACUGCUAUGUAGCUCAGCCCGGGAGACCAUUGUCAUUAUGGCAUAAACAAAGGAAGAGAGAAUCAUAAGAAACCCUGACUGUAACUCUCUGAGUGAGAAAGUAGCAGAGUGACAAGAAAACGCACAGCUGGAAAUGGAAAAUUUAAUCCAGGAGCCAGAUUCAGAAGGCCAAAACCUAUAAUUAGCACCUCACAUUGAGAAGGAUGCAUAGUGCGGAUUUGUACAUAGAAGGCAAGAAAGAGAGAUCAAACCCUGGAUUCCUAUAUGACAGACAUGAGGUGUUCGUGUAGCAAGACUUUUCAGGAAGGGGUUCUCUGUACUUUGAACUUAGAUGCAUGUUUGUCUUGCUUCUCUGUUUGUCCAUCCAUGACAGCACGACCUUGAUUUGGAUUUGAUGUGUCAUAAAUCAGUCCUGUUUAAGAGUGGUUCCGUAUUUCGGGAACAAUGAUCUCCAUAGCCAAGUGCUUACCUGAUGGUAUAGGUGUUGACCUCAUUGACUCUGGCUGUUGUGCCAUUAGAGUGAGGAGCGAACCAUGACGGUUGGGGCUGGGUAAUCAUCAGUCAGGUGCGGCCUUGAUGUUCAUUUUAUUUUUCAAGGAGCUUGCUGCUAGCCCACGUGGUGUUUCCAUUGAUGUACAACUUCUGGAAAACCUAUCUGAGCUGUUGGGGAUAACAUUUCUGGUUGCGGUUUAUAUUCAUGUAAAGACCAAGGAGUGACUAAUAUUUGGAAAGCUCCUACCUGCAAAUAAAGGGAA